GGCCUGUGGGGUUGAACGCUGGUUCUCCUGGGGCGCUUGGUAUGUCUCUAUUGGAAAUAGUCAGGGCUUAUAAAUCUUUAAAGUUGAGUCGUAAGAUUACUGCAGGAAAUACACAUCUACUUACUGCCUUUUCCAACGCUCCAUCAAGUGUUUUAGUUUAUUCCAGUCGCUAGGAGACGGGAAGCCGGAAACGGAAAUCCCUUUAAAGACAGCUUCCGGGAGAGGUCGCCAUGGCUGCCAGGGAGGAGGUCCUCGCCUUGCAGGCUGAAGUCGCCCGGCGUGAGGAAGAGCUGAGUUCCCUGAAGCAGAGGCUGGCGGCCGCUCUUUUGGCGGAGCAGGAGCCAGAGCGGCUGCUUCCGGUGCCGCCCCUGCCGCCGAAGGCCUCCCUGUCCCGAGACGAGAUUCUGCGCUACAGCCGGCAGCUCGUGCUGCCGGAGCUGGGCGUGCGCGGACAGCUGCGCCUGGCCACCGCGUCCGUGUUAAUCGUGGGCUGCGGUGGGCUCGGCUGCCCACUGGCGCAGUACCUGGCAGCGGCCGGCGUAGGCCGCCUUGGCCUUGUGGACUACGACGUGGUAGAAGUGAGCAACCUGGCCCGCCAAGUGCUGCAUGGCGAGGCCCUGGCCGGCCAGGCCAAGGUCUACUCGGCGGCCGCCUCGCUGCGCCGUCUCAAUUCGGCCGUGGAGUGCGUGCCUUACGCUCAAGCGCUGACGCCGGCCACGGCGCUCGAGCUCGUACGCCACUAUGACGUGGUGGCUGAUUGCUCCGACAACGUGCCCACUCGCUACCUGGUUAACGACGCGUGUGUGCUCGCCGGCCGGCCUCUCGUGUCGGCCAGCGCGCUGCGCUUGGAAGGCCAGAUGACCGUCUACCACUACGACGGCGGGCCGUGCUAUCGCUGUGUGUUCCCCCGACCGCCUCCAGCGGAGACGGUGACCAACUGCGCGGAUGGCGGGGUGCUUGGUGUUGUCACUGGGGUCCUGGGCUGCCUGCAGGCGCUGGAAGUGUUGAAGAUCGCUGCAGGCCUGGGCCCCUCUUACAGUGGCAGCUUGUUGCUCUUUGAUGCCCUCAGGGGACGGUUCCGUUCUAUUCAGCUGCGGAGCCGCAGGACCGACUGUGCAGCGUGUGGGGAGCGGCCCACUGUGACCGACCUGCAGGACUAUGAAGCCUUCUGUGGCUCCUCCGCCACCGAUAAGUGCCGCUCCCUGCAGUUGCUGAGCCCGGAGGAGCGAAUUUCUGUCACGGACUAUAAGCGACUUCUGGAUUCUGGGUCACCCCACCUGUUGCUGGACGUCAGGCCCCAAGUGGAAGUGGACAUCUGUCGUUUGCCGCACGCCCUGCACAUCCCUUUGAAACGUUUGGAGCAGAGGGACGCAGGUAGCCUGAAGCUCUUAGGAGAAGCCAUCCAGAAAGGGAAGCGAGGCACCCAGGAAGGAACCGCUCUCCCCAUUUAUGUGAUUUGCAAACUGGGCAAUGACUCCCAGAAAGCCGCGAAGAUCCUGCAGUCCUUGACAGCAGUCCAAGAGUUGGACUCGUCAGCAGUCCAGGAUGUCGUGGGGGGCCUCAUGGCCUGGGCUGCCAAAAUCGAUGGAACGUUUCCGCAGUACUGAGGGGCUGGUAUACACAGUCUAAUAUUGGCAAAUAUGAAUUGCCAUAUUUCCCUAAACAUAAUUUAUUUGCAUUUUUUUUUCCCGGUGACGUACAGAAGAGACUGGGAUUCUACAACAUCUGUGAACACACGGACUGCUUUUUACAAGGGGCUUCUUAAUGGUGAUUUAUUGGAUGGCGUAAAUGUGUUGUAAUACUGUUUCUGAGAACUGCCUUGUGUUUUCAGAACUUGGAGGGUGUCUCGAACAUGUGAGAUAUAAUGUAAGUGACAGGAUUUUGUUUUAAACUGCAGCUCAUUUGCCUGCCCUGCAUCUUUUUGUCCACCUCCCCCUGUCAAAAAGCUCUCUAAAUAGUCCGUUUUAUGUCUGGAAUUAAGUUGUAGAAAACUUAGUCUUACCGAAUUGAUCACCGAUGAGAUAUACUUAAGAUCCGUUAUUGUUCACUAAGACAUUCUUUGGGUCUCAUUUCUACAAAUGAUAGAAUAUAUUCCACAGAAAUAAGUGUUUAAAAUGUAAAUUGCUCUAAUUAGGAAGUGACCAUUCUGUGAAAUAUUUUGAAUUCAUAUCAACGUGAGAUGUUUACAGGUUAGCAAGAUAAAGGAAACCAGCUUUGUAGUCGGUGAGUUUCUCUUAUAAAUUGUUGAUUUUUUCUCACAGUUAGCUUUUUCAAGUUCUACCUUAUGUGAUACACAUAGAACAUUUUCUAAACUGUACACUAUGCUUUGACUUGCUUUGGAAUCUUUAUGUCCAGGUUCAAACCUCCUGUCCCCCCCCCCACCCCCCACUUUUUUUUCCCUUAUCCAAUCUGUUUUUAUUUUUGGCUUUACUGUAUGGCCAGGACCCCAAAUGCAAUAUUGAAUUAAAGUGAAAUAGUGAACAUUCUUAGCUCCUUCUCAAUCUCAGGUAAAGACUUUGACUAUUUGACUAGUAUUGCUUGUUGCUGCUCUACUGUGGCUAAAUAUCCUUUAUCAGAUUAAAGAGAUUUCUUUCUGUUUAUAGA